AUGGCCGAGUGCGUGUGGCUGCGUCAACUCCUUGGCGAGCUCUUCCUGCUAGUCGAGAAGGCGACCCUUGUCUACUGCGACAACGUGUCCGUGGUGUACCUCUCCAUCAACCCCGUCCACCAUCGCCGCACGAAGCAUGUGGAGCUAGACAUUCACUUUGUGCGCGAGCGCGUGGCCCUUGACCAUGCUGUCAACUCGGAGAGGGCCCUUCAGUUCCCAGUGUUCCACAAAGAACACUCCUGUGUCCAACAAUCUCUGAACCAUCUCAGGCCAACCGAGGAGGUGAAGCUGCGCAUUGAUGUCAUGAAGAACCUUAGCAUCAACAACUUUGCCUAUUUAAUGCCAAUCAAAAUUGGCACCCCAGCCAUAUGGAAUUUGGUGGCCAUUGACACUGGGUCCACACUCUCGUUUGUCCAGUGCCUCCCAUGCACAGUGAAUUGCCACAAGCAAGAUGUGGGCGCUGGCCAAUUAUUUGACCCCAGCAAAUCCAGCACAAUUGGGCGUGUUGGGUGCUCAAAUGUGGUCUGCCGUGCUAUCCAAGAGAGCCUGCCUGUUCCCACCAAAGCAUGCAUGGAGAGAGAGGACAGUUGCCUGUAUUCCAUGAGCUAUGGAAGAGAGUCUUCAUACUCUGUUGGCAAGAUAGUAACUGAUAGACUGACCCUUGGGCCCAAUGAUGAAGCAGUUAUCGCUGGGUUUGUUUUCGGCUGCAGCUUAGGCACCAAUUACAACAAGCUUGAAGCCGGAAUCAUGGGGUUUGGCGCAGAGGCCUUCUCCUUCUUCAUGCAAGUGUCCCACUUCGUUGGAUACGAGGCUUUCAGCUACUGUUUCUCAAGUGACAGGCAGAAGCAAGGGUAUUUGUCAAUUGGAAACUAUAGCCGCACCAGCUCUUCCUAUUCAACACCAAUGUUCGUGGCGACGCCCCGGCCGGUGUUUUCUAAACUGCCCAGAUCCAUGUACUCUUUGCAGCUGAAUUCAUUGUCCGUCAACGGAAUCACCCUGCACUCAGACCCCUACGAGAUGACCGUUGACAGUGGGACAGAGAUGACCUUGUUGCUGUCGGAUACGUUCGAUGAGCUAGACAAUGCAGUGACCCAAGCCGUGGAGCCUCUUGGGUAUAUGCGGACCCGUUCUACCAUCUGGAGCGACAAUCAUAUUUGCUUCGAGGACAAGGAUUUCACACCUUUCAAGAAUUGGUCCGCCCUGCCGGUGGUGGAGCUGUUAUUUGGAUCAGGCGCAAAGCUAAGGGUGCCGCCCCAAAGCGCCUUCUACAAUGACGGGGGUCACGGCCUGUGCAUGUACUUUGUGCGGGAUGCAUUUUUUGUCAAGGGCAUGCAGAUUCUGGGGAACACGGUAACGCAAUCGAUUGGGAUCACGUUCGACAUCCAAAGCGAACAAUUUGUGUUUCGGGAAGGAGAGUGCUGACAACUUACAUGUCUUCUUCAAUCAUCAAGCCUUCUCCUUCUGCUCGGUUGCCUCCAGUCAGCAACCUUGGAGGCUUGGCUUCGUCAUCAGAUGACUAAUGUGUCCUUAGCAUGCAGGCUCGCUUAGUGGUUUGAGUUGAGUGUCUUAGGUCUAGGUUUUCAGACUCCCAAAGUUGGCGGUGUGUGAUGACUGCUGCUUCAACACCAGUGGGCCAACAUCAUUGUGUGUGUGUGCGCGCGCGCGCGCGCAAAUGUGCUUUCCACAGUGGGGGUGAUGUCGUACUGAGAGUGUGUAUCCAAGAACUGUGGCC